AUGUUUCCUUCUUUAUAAAGUUGUUAGAAAAAAAAGCAGUCUGCAGCUUGUGGUUCACACCCCCAUCUCUAGCAGAAGGCUCCUAGCUGCUGUACGAAGUGGACUGUCACCUCCUGCUCUGCACUGCUGUCCCUGCUGCUGUCGGCUUAGCAAGGAGAUGAGCUUCUUGUUUGGCAAUCGCUCUUCGAAGACAUUCAAGCCAAAAAAGAGUCUUCCAGAGGGCUCACAUCAGUACGAGCUAUUGAAACAUGCAGAGGCCACCCUGGGCAGUGGAAACCUGCGUAUGGCCGUCAUGCUUCCUGAUGGGGAAGACCUCAAUGAGUGGGUUGCUGUAAACACUGUGGACUUCUUUAACCAGAUAAACAUGUUGUAUGGAACCAUAACAGAUUUCUGUACCGAGGAGAGCUGUCCAGUAAUGUCUGCUGGCCCAAAAUAUGAGUACCACUGGGCAGAUGGAACCAAUAUAAAGAAGCCCAUUAAGUGUUCUGCUCCUAAGUACAUUGAUUACCUGAUGACAUGGGUACAGGAUCAGCUUGAUGAAGAAACCCUUUUCCCCUCCAAAAUAGGUGUUCCUUUUCCAAAGAACUUCAUGUCGGUAGCCAAGACUAUCUUAAAGCGCCUUUUCCGAGUCUAUGCUCACAUUUACCACCAGCACUUUGAUUCAGUGAUCCAGCUCCAAGAGGAGGCUCAUCUGAACACUUCUUUUAAGCACUUUAUUUUCUUUGUUCAGGAAUUCAACUUAAUAGACAGACGAGAACAAGCUCCACUGCAAGAAUUAAUUGAAAAGCUGACCUCUAAGGACAGAUAAGAUAGCAGUUGAUUGAGCACCAAAGCCUUUCUUUAACGCAAGCUUUGUUUUCUGAACCUUGUUGCAUUCAAAGCAGCCAAAAUCUAUUUUUUGUGUGCUUAUGCUGAAGGAAUAUGAUAUAGGUAUUUUCUCACCUUCCUGUAAUUCCAAAUGAUUGUGUGUUCUACAUAAGGUGUUCUUGGAGGGAGGAAGAGGUGUAUUAUAUACUAAGUUCCAGAACCUUAAAGGGCAAGUCAACCCCAAAAUAAAAAUUGGCUAAUAAAAGAAAACUUAAUUCUAAGCAACGUACCAAUAUACUGUAUAUGUAUUACAAAUUGUAAGUGCUUUUAAAGUUAUUUGUAAAAACAAUUGCUAUUGAAAGAGGCAUUUACUUAACUCCCGGUUGAUACUAUUUAAAUAAUGUUGCAAAAGUCUUGGUUCCCAACACAGACAGAUCUGUUAAUCAGCUGCCUUCUCUUACAUCAGGGGUGUCCAAACUGCGGCCCGAGGGCCACAUGCGGCCCAGGAUGCAUAUGAAUGCGGCCCAGUUUGAAAUGCUUGGAAAUAGGAUGAGGGGGGACUCUGCCCAUUGCCCAGUUAGUAAUAAUAAUAUAAUAAUAAGUCUAUUUAAUAUCCAGGUGUCCCAUAUUCCAGUGUAUAGUUCCAUCUGGUUAUCCAACUGGCAUUGUAGUUCUUUUCUGUGUAUUUCCUUUACUUUUACAAAUCAAACGUGUUUGUGUAUUUCACGUGUGGCCCCAGACAAUUUUUAUUUUUCCAAUGUGGCCCGGCGAGCCAAAAGUUUGGACACCCCUGUCUUACAUUGUUCCAACAGUCUGAGCCAUCAGGGCAGAGAAAUGACAAACUUCUUUCAGUAGCAACACAAAUACAAUUAGCUGAAAACCAUAGAAAAUUUGUAAUUAAUGUAUAUUGCAAAGUUUCUUAACAUUAUAUUUUCUUAUAUUAGGCAACAAUAUUUGUUGGAUUGGCAUUUACUUUAGCCCCUAUACAUCCAUUGUCAUUCCUUUCUGCAGUUAAAAAAUCUGAGAAUUUUAUGUGCCUAAAUAAUUUCCAUUCCUUUGUCACUGCUGCUCUUCACAGACAUUUUAUUCUGUUUCAUUAUUAUAUUUUUCUUUAAUCAGAAGCUGAUUGUAGGAAGCCCUAUGUCCACUAUAGAACUUCCUCUAUAGUAUUAAAAUCCCCCAAGUGACCAGCAGAGCAGUGCCAGGUAAUGCGCACUGGGCCCCUCCAAAUGUUUUUUUUGGCAGGGGGGCUCUGUCUUGUUUCUCUGCUGCCUGUGGAUAAAACAUGGCCAUCAGGUCCAGGUAUAACAGGUUCCCUCAUUUCUAUAAAUCUAUCUGGGUAAUCUUUAAACACAUAACCAGGGGGUCAAUCAAUUACAGUGGUGUUAAAACAAAUUUGCAGUUAAAUUUGAGUAGAGUGGAUAGGGAGUAAAAUAAAUGUUUUUCUAGAAAGUCACAGUCAUCAAGAUGCCAUUUUUUACUUCACUCUCCUCCACAUUUAUGGGCAGAUUUAUUAAAGGUCGAAUUUCAAAUUCAUGUGAUUUUUUUAAAAUUUUUUAUUCUAAUAGAUUUGAAAUACUCGAAAUUCGAAUGGGAGGUUAUUUAAGAAAAAAAUUUGAACGUCUAAAACGAAUAUUACUGAUUCGAAAAUUUGAAUCGAAUUUGACAACUCAAAUUGUGUUUUUUCUCAGAAAAAAACUUGAAUGUCAGGAAGGAACAUCUUCAUAUGGGUCACGGGACCUCAGCCAUUGACUUCUACAUGAACUCGGCAGGUUUUAGGUGGCGAAUAGUCAAAUUUGAAUUGUUCCCAGGGUCCAAGGAUUGAUAAAUCUCGAAUUUAGAAUUCAAAUCGAGUUUGGAUUAUUCCCAAUUCGAAUUUGUGAUUUUUGACCAAAAAUACAAUUCGAAAAUCCGAAUUAAUGAAUGAAUCUGACUCUAAAUAAUAAAUUCCCUUGAUUGACACGACGAUCGGCCAAUCGCUGAUCGCUGCAUCAUAGCCCAGCCCACUGAUGUCGUAUCCCCGCCCACUGAUGUCACGGUCCGCCCACUGACGUCACAGUCCCAACCAGCACAUCACUAAUACAUACAUUGUUAAUUCACAAUUUUAAGCAAAAUAAGCACAUGUGUGAAAACCUUUGAGCAAAAUCCCUGGAAACAUGAGUAGUAUAUUCCACUCAGACUGAAUCAAAACCAGUCACCCAGGUCAACCUAAAUUUGCCUUAUAAAUCCUUAAUGUGUUAACAGAACCUGAGCUUUAUUUUGUAAAUUAUUGUUCUAUGCAGUCCUUGGGGGAGUAAUAUUUAUAUAUACUCCUCAUUUGUUCAUCGGAUGGCUGUAAUUAUCUUUAUCAAGGUUAUCUCCCCUGGUAUGUGUUGUGUUGCAUUUGCUAAUUUUUAUCAGGUUAUAUGGACCUUUUAAUAUUGUUUUGAAUGCUACAGCUUAUUAUAUAUAUAUAUAUAUAUAUAUAUAUAUAUAUAUAUAUAUAUAUAUAUAUAUAUAUAUAUAUAUAUAUAUAUGAGCCUGUAUUUCAGUGUUACUGUAAAUGUAAAUAUGUUAUUAUUAAAAGAACAACUUGCUCAUAGUGCUCUUUUUUAAUUUAAAAGUGUCUGCUGCUAUUAUCAGGCUUUUAGUUCAACAGCACCGUGUUAGAUCUGCAGUACUAGUGGCUUGAGGGUUAAUUGACUUCAGUUAGAUGCUGCUCUACAUUUUGCUGUCUGGGCUUAGCGCUAUGUUGACAGGCUGAGAAAAGCAGUAUAUUGGGUGUUAUCAUUGAUCUGACUUGGACCCGAUAUUCUUGCUUAUUUAGCUUGGUAAAUCAGUGGGAGCAUCUGGACUAUGAGACAACUGACUGGUCUUCCUAAACUGCUGGAAGAGAUCAGCUGCUUUCCUACAGUUCUUAAAGGGAAUACAGAGAGCAAUAUGGGGAAAUGUAUCUUACUGGAGACACUACCUGUAUAUUCAAUUAACCAUUGAGCUGCUAAGCUAUAAAGAGAUUCUGAGCUGAAAGCUUGAUAUAAGCAGUAGAAGAGCAUGCUGAGCUUUUUUUUAUUUUACUUUGGAAUCCCCUGUAAUUGGCAUGGGAUAUGACUUUUUGUAACACCAGAGGACAGUAUGGAGCAUGUAUUGUGAAUUAAAUUUUAAGACAGAAAUUCUCAGCCUAUGGCUUCCCCAUGAACUCCUUCAUAUCCCCUCAGCUAUACUAUGUUUAUACUAAUGUUGUAUUACAUUUAUGCAUGCCAUUUGGCUGCAAUUUCUAAAGCCAUAAUGAAAGUGUCAGGUACAUAAUGCACAAUAAUAUUGUAGUUUUUUGGUGCAGUGGUAGUAGAACAAAUUAACCGCAAUUCAGAAGGCACAAUUCAUAAUCUGCCAAGGGAAAAUACCACUAUAUUUUAUUUCUUAAUUUCAACGCCAACUAAUUUCAUCUGCAAUUAACUUGCAAAUUAAUUUUGUGUCACAGAUUUGAAACCAUUUUUCUGAUAUAAUGAAAAACAUAGUGUUUUCAAGAGGAUGUAUAUUUCCAUUAUUUCUGGAUUUAGCAUUUUCAACCUUAAAUUAUAGCUUCAUUUUGAAUGUAUGCUGACAGUUUAAAAAAGAACUGGCAGUGGCUAUAUAUCUGGACAUUUAUAUAAAAUUGAUAACUUUUGAGUUGUCUUUAUGGAAUUACAAGUUUGGAUUCAGAUAGGGACGAUAUUUGCAUGAGCUCCUUGUACAGCCAAUAAUGUAUUGACAAUACAGGCUGUAUUUUGCUGGUGUCACAAAGUCCUGGUAUAAGUCUUCUAACGGUGCUUCUAAACCUGCAAAUGUAUGUGAUUAAUCAAUAUAAAAUUAAAAUAUUUUUUUGGAAGAA